AUGUUUGAGUCUCCGAAAAGUCUCCUUGAGGUUUGCAUUGAUUUUAUUUGUAAUAAUGUUUUGGAUUUAUGUGAUGUACAUCUUGGUGAUACAGAAGAACAUUCCCCUAAUUCAUUGGAUACAACUACUUGCAGUAAAGCAUCUAAUGAUGGAUCAUCGAGUUCAGCAACAAGACUUAGUUUUAGACAUCCAGAUGCUUUUUUACCAGCUGAAGUAUCAGAACAAUUAUUGGCUAAUCUUUGUGAGAAAAAAACAUUAUCUGAUUUGACAAUUACACUUUUUAAUUCAAAAUCUACCAGGUUAAGGCAUGUACGAUUAAAAGAUGCAUCUGCAUUAUCAACAAAAGGUUUAAAAGUUUUAAAACAACAUAAAGUGGUAGAUUUAAUGGUAAAUGGUUUAAAAAUAACUGUUAAUGAUCUGAUAAGUUGUUUAGGUGAUUGGAGUGUACAAAAUCUUAGAUCAUUGAGUGUAGCAAAAGGAAGUUUUAUAGAUUGUUCACGGUAUUGUGUGGUAGUAACAUUAAGUAAAUUGAGGUCAUUACAUACAUUAAAUGUAUCAGGUACAGAAUUUAAUAAACAUGGAUUGGAAAUAGUAGUUGAGGACCUUCCUCUUUUAGAAAGCUUAGAUAUUUCAUGUACAAAAGUUGAUGAUAUAACACCAUUAAAAAAGUGUAAAAGUCGUUUAAAAACACUUAAUAUGUAUAAUUUAAAGAUAAAUGAAAGUGCAGAUUUAAUCUCAGUAUUAUUGGAGUUAAAUGAAUUAAGAAAUUUAGAUAUUUCAGAUGAAAAAGAUAUGCAUGCUCUUAAUUGUGUGUUGGGGCCUGAAAAGCCAAAAAUAACAGAUUUUUUAAAAGCUGUACAUUGUAUGCCAUAUCUAACUAGUUUAGAUUUAUCUGGUAAGGGUGAUAUAGAUCCAAAAGAUUUAAAAGAAUUUAUAAAAGCUCACACACAUUUAAGGUUUUUGGGACUUGUAAGUACAGAUGCUUGUUACGAUGACAGUUUAACAAAUCCAACAGAUGAAUACUAUAGGCCUGGACUUGUUGUUACUGGUACAGCAACAGAAUCUCAAAUUUUAGAAGGUCUCAAAAGAUAUACAUGUAGACCACUUUAUCUUGAAAAAUGUUUAUUUAAUUUAUUUCGCUUGACACAUAAUUUUCUUGAAUCUCGGAUUGAUGUUAUAAAGUUAGUAUUACCUGCAAUGAAAGAACAUCCACAAGAAGUACGUAUACAAGUGCCAUGUACUGCAUGUCUUUAUAAUCUCACUAAAGGUGAAUUUUCCAUCAUGAUUCACCCAUCAAUUCUUAAACAAGUUGUUGAAUUAACAAUGAUAGCAAUGGAAUCUUAUCCAACCAACUAUCGACUUCAGAUGAAUACAUUAUUAAUUUUAUGUAGUGAUAGAAUACUACAGGAAAUAACUUUUGAUAAAUAUAGAUGUGCAAGAUUAGUAUUAAAUUCUUUGUUAACAUUUAAUGAACCAUCAAUGAAUCGUAUGUCUGUUGCUAUUUGCUCUAUAUUAGCAGCAAAAAUAUCAACAGUAGAAACAUCAAUGCUUGGUGCUCAACCUCAGUAUAUGUCUAAAUUAUUAGCAAUGGUUAGAACUAAAGUUGAAUCAAAAUCAGUCGACAUAACAAUGAAAUUUACAUUAAGUGCUCUAUGGAAUUUAACCGAUGAAAGUGCUACUACGUGUGAAGUCUUUUUAGAUGAAGGUGGAAUGGAAUUAUUUCUUGAAGUAUUAGAAAGUUUUCAAGGACAAUUUAGUGUUGAAACUAAAGUACUUGGCUCAUUAAAUAAUAUAGCAGAGGUAGUUCAUUUAAGACCAAGACUUAUGCAGCCUAGAUUCAUCUCUAUGCUUUCUACAUUGCUGACAUCUGUACAUAUUGAUGUAUCUUAUUUCGCAGCAGGUAUUGCUGCACAUUUGCUUAGUGAUGGUCCACGUGCAUGGGCUGCAAUAUCUUCAUUACCAAGUAGAGAAGAAUUAUUAGAACAAUUAGCUCAUACUAUAACACAUUGGCAAACUCCUCAAGGAGAAAUGGUUGCAUAUAGAAGUUUUCAUCCAUUUUUUUCACUUUUGCUUUGUCGAAAUGCUUAUCCUGUUCAACUUUGGGCAGUUUGGGCAAUACAUCAUGUAUGCACAAAAAAUCCAAAACGUUAUUGCAGUAUGCUAAUCAGAGAAGGUGGAGUAGAAAUAUUAAAAUAUUUAGAAAAUAUGCAUACAGAACAUACAACAAGACCAAAGUUACAAAGUUUAUGUCGAUCGAUUUUGGAAACACUUGAAUUACAUUCUUAAUGAUUACUAUUGCCUUCCAAAACAAAAUUUACACUCUAUGAAGUUGGUAUACUAGUCAAUGUUUAUCUCAAUGCAAUCUUAUAUCCUGUUCUUUAGACCAAAUAAUUAAAACUAUUAUAUGAACAUGGAUAUUUAUCGAAAAAGGACUGAAAUGAAUAAAGUCCAAAAUAUUGCUAUUAAAUUCUGUAGAUUUAAAUUGAAGACCUGAAUUAUAAAGAAUAGCUAUGCAUUAUAAAAUAUAGAUUUCAAAAAUAUGCUGAAUAUAAUAAAAAUAUAACUUAUUCUAUAUCUAAAAACCAAAACAACUUAAGUUAUUUAAACAAAAAAAUCUAUAAUUUUGAAGAUUUGAAAUUAUUUAUAUUUAUAUAGUGAAUCUUUGUUACUUAAUAUCUUUUUUUUAGUUAUUUUGAUAAAGUAAAAAAAUAGCAGUAAAAUAAUACACAUGCAUACAUAUUUGAAAUUUGAAAAAAAUAGACUCUUAAUGAUUAUAAAUUUAAAUUAUAAUAAAAAAAAUCAAUAUUUAAAAAUUGCAUUGAACUGAAAAGAAAUAAAAAAAAUAAAUUUUUGAUAUUUUAAUAUCAUAAUGUUUUUAAAUUAUAUUGAUUAAAUUAUUAUAUCCAUAAAAAAUAAUUAAUUUAAAAAAAAAUUAACUAAUUUACUUAUCUGUUAUAAAUUGUAUAAAUAAAGAUAUAAUUAAUAUUAAAAAUUUCAAUCUAAUAAAUUGACUAAAAGAUUGUUGCAAAAUUGAUAUAAUUGAUAAAUUUAAAUAUUUAAAAUUUAUUUUGAUUUUUAUUAUAUAUAUUUCUUUUUAAAUAUUAAUAUAAGUAAGUAUUUCUUGUGGCCGUUAAAAAUAUUAAUACAUUAAAAGUAACGAAAAGAAAACGGCAAUUAGAUUAGAAUUUUAAAAUAUAAUAUGCUUUAAAAAUAUAAUUUGUUUACAUUGUUAUGUAGUUAUUAAAAAAUACAAUAGCAAAUAUUUUGUUAUUUUGUUAUGCUGUAUUUUUAGCAUCUUAAAUUCAGGUCUUCAAUGUUUUCUGUUACAUUUUAUUCACAAUCUUUCUAUUAAUUGAAAACUCUUUAGAGAUUAAUCAUGCAUUUAUAUGCCUUCAGAGAUAUAAAGAAAUAUAAAUUUCUAAUAAAACAUAUAUAAUAAUAUUCUGGUUAUAUCUGUUAUUAAAAUAUUAAUUUGUAUGAACAAAAUUUAUUCAUCUGAUAAUAUUAAUUGAAAUAUAAAAAUAUCGAUCUAAAUGAUACUGAAUGUUAAUAAAUGCAAAUCGCUAAUUUUUUGAA